UCGAAUGGUUUCCGCUCGAAUCUGACAAUAACGUCGCGAUCAUUCAUUCAUUCAUUAUGUUUUAAAAUUAUCGAACGCCUGAACAAUAACAGAAUUAACAUACCGUUUACACGCUAACCGUUCAUUCGAAUGAACAGUGGCCGAGAGGCGCCACGCGCCGCCUGUGUAGUCGCGUGGCACGUACCUUCUGAGUUAUAUUUCGUUCGUUUCAUUCUUCAGAUAUAACAUUUACCAGGUAGUCCUUUAAACCUACAGGCGACUUUUGCACAAUAUUUAAAGACAAUCAAUUGACUAUUGAACUGAUUUUUAGUUCAUUCAUUCAUUCCCUUACCCUUUCCAGUCGUUCCACCGCCAUAGUUGCUCAUUCUUUUUUCGUGCACGGCGACGAACGCACGCGCUCCUUUAGCUCCGCAGCUACGAACAUAUCGUGCUCAAAAAUGUCUAAGCGCACAGCUAAAGAAAAAUUAAUUCACUAUCGUGAAAAAAUCAAGAGACUUGAACAAAUUUAUGAUUCGUCUUCAUCGGAAGAUGAAGAUGUUGUAAUGGACCCUGACGGUCCCAUACUGGCUCAUGAUCCUAUUAUACAGGAACCACAAAGAAACAUCGAAAAUCCCGAACCGGAACAUAAUAGUAGUGUACCGAUGUCGGACCAUAAUAACGGGAUUAUUGUACCUGAAAAUCAGGCAGAUUUACCGAUGUCGUCAGCUCAACCCGAGCUCGCUCCAGACAUGCUGCUCGCACUCGGAGAGUCCACAGAGGACACCCCGGAAUACGGCGAAAACAUCCACGACAAUCUAACGAAACUUUGGUCACCGUUACUUAAAAAAGGCAUGACGACCGAAGCUAGAGAUAAAAUCUUAAAAGACUAUUUGGUUCCCGACAACUGCCGGUUGUUACAAGCACCAAAAUUAAACGUGGAGAUUUCAGCAGCCGUACCCGAUAUGGUUCGUAACCGAGACAAAAAUCUGGCCGCGACGCAGCAGCAACUCGGCAACGGAAUCGCUGCUAUUAACAGGGCCAUGGAUAUUCUAAUCAAAUGCGCCGAUCCCAACGGAAUCAGAGCUAUGAAACACCUCAGCAACGGUUGCCGCAUUCUGUGUGACAUCCAUGCGUCACUUACUCAGAAUCGAAUAAAACUCAUCACCCCUAGUCUCGAUAAGUCGUUCUUGCAAGUUAUUCAAGAUACAGAACGUGAUGAAACGCUGUUCGGCAAUAAAUUGGCUGAAAAAAUCAAGGCGGCGAAGACCAUUGAAAAACAAGGUCUUCAAAUUAAGAAAACGUCUCCAAAGAAACCCGCGACGGCACAACCGUCGACAAACCGAGCGUCGUACUCGGGAAACUGGACAGCGCCCCCUCGUUACGCGUCGAACAGGGGGGGGGCGGAGAGGUGCUCGCAGGCUGGCGAGCUACAGCCGUCGGGCGCUUCCGGACGCACAGCCGGCCAAGGCGGCCCCUGCGACCAAGACGAGCGCCCAGACACCGUAACACAGGUAAUCUCAUCCAAAUAAGUCCGUUUUAUAACUCCUAUAUUAAACAUAAUUAAAUACGGCUACAUAUACCGUUUUCAUUUGGGUCAGAUAUGGUUACCUACAUUUAAGGGCAUUUAACUCAGACGGGAAGUAAACACUCUUUACGUCAAAUACCCACAGUAUACUUUAUGUAAAGUUAGCUAUUCAAUAGCUGCUAGAUUUAGGAGCCAUAUCCGUGCCCCAGAUUAAAAAUUCGAUAUAUAUAGAUAUUUAUCGGGUUUCUUCUUGUCCCGAGAUAACGGAGAAAAGCAUACAAGUAUUUAAUACUUAUAACAAUAGCUUCACAAAAAAUAAAAAUGACGAAACAAAAUUGCACAAUUAUUUCGUUAAUGUAUCAUUUGAGACCAGUCCUCACACUCAUUUGAGUACCAGUCCGUCUGGAGGUUGUUUGAUUUUAGUCCUUGGAGCAAGGCUUUGAAAGCUGAAACACAACUAAUUAUGCAAUUUUGUUGCGGGUUUUAAUACGACCGCAAUUAAGCUAGUACGAAUAACAUCGUAUAGGCAACAUUCAGUUUCCUUAACUAAAUGUAUUAUACGCGCAUACAUAAAAUAAUUGGUAAUGAUACGAGAAGCAAAUUCUAUUUUUGCAUCAUGUAUACCUAACAAAAUACAUGAAGGAUCGCUAAUCCAGACUCUCUCCAGCUACCGAAAGAGAUGCUUCGAACGGAGUAUUUUAACUUUUAGAUAGCAGGUUCACCUGUUUGGUAAACCACCAAUUAUAUUAUUUGCUUCUCGUGUCAACGCGAUAGCGGUCGACGCAUUUACACUUAUUCAAGUUUAAAACACUUUUAACCCCUUUUUUUU